ACAACCUCCUUAGAUGAGACGGCACAUGCUGAAGCACUAAGGAGGGCUAAACAGAUAGGGAGUGGUUCGGCCACGGAGGAGCCAUCGAAGCUGGAGAGGCCACUGAAAGCCGGGGUACCUACCGGAACCCCAGCCCAGAUGACCGGAGACGAUGAAGCCUCCAAAAGCUGGACCCUUUAAGGACAAACAUACGGCAGCCGAGAGCGGGACACCUGAUGAACCCUCGAAGCAGGUCAUAGAUCCCAGCUGGGAGAUCAGGUGCAAACCAAGAGGGAAGCCUGCCCAGACCGACACGAACGUACCCUUGCGGAAGCUUUCGCAGAGGAAGAGGCAGCGGCUACAAAAGCGAAGAGAAGCAGUAGACCGCUCCUCGGAGAACAAACAGGAGGUUGACGCCCCGAAGGGACAGAGCGAGGAAGCGACGACCACUGCAAAACAAAACCAGGCGAAGAAACCAGAAGGGAAAGCCAAAAGAGCACGCCUGGAUGAAACCAUAUCCCCUAGAGGUGAUCACAAAAAACAGCGGACUGACGCCUCCGCGGGGACCAGCGAACCACCCUCCUCCUUUGCGGCGGCAGCAGCGGCGGACCUGACGGUGGCGAUCACCAAUGAUCGCACGGGCAGGCUGACGCAGCAGGACGCAGCACAGGUGGAGAAGAAAAUCGGGGACGCCAUCUACCAGGUGGCCAUCGAAACCGAUAUAGACACCGUAUCGGAGGCCCCAGCGUUCUCAGGAAGACCCAGAUUUGUGGAUGGGUACCUGAAGCUCUGGUGCCAGGACGCAAAUACCAAGACAUGGCUGAUGAAGUGGUUGGCGUCGGCCACCCUACAAAACAGAGACCGUCUAGUCGGGAAGAGGGAGGACGAGAUGGUCAGAAACACAAGGUGCGGCAUUCUGAUCCCGUCCCUUGAAGAGAACCUGACGAAGAUGGGAAGAGUCCUGAAUUUCCAGAACCCAUGGGCUAUGGUGAGGAAGUGGACUCUCCACCAAUCAAACCCCCUGAAGAAAAGGGCCUGCACCCUACUCCUGGUGGGAAUACCUGAAGACGUCGUUCCAGCGGUGAUGGAAAAGGGAAGGAGGCUGAACUACCUAUGUGGGACAGUCUACAUCCGAUUCCAGCACAGCGAAGGGCGCUUCAGGGAUUCUGAAGACCAGGAAGAACACACCGGAGGAGAACACGGACAGAGGGGAGGACAACCCAGAAGGAAGCACACCAAAAAAACCAGUUGUGAUAAAAACUUAUUUCUUCUUAUUCGUAUCCAGUUACGAUCGAACACUUUUCACCGUUCAUAA